AAGAGGUGAAGCACCGCAGGAGGUGUCAGGCGCACCAUGCCAAGCUGCCAGCUGCUGCGUCUCUGCGCCUCAGACCCGGCGAACAUCCGUCUCUCAUGUUUCUGCUCGGAGACACACUAAGCGGACCAUGCGGCUGUUCACUGUCUCAACUUUGCUCCUGUGCUUCUUCACCUCAGGGCUGGCCCUGCAGAUUCAGUGCUACCAGUGUGAGGAGAUGACACACGACUGCUCCACGCCAGAGUUCAUCGUCAACUGCACCGUGAACGUGCAGGACAUGUGCCAGAAGGAAGUUCUGGUGAAGGAUGAUGGGAUACACUACCGCAAGUCCUGCGCCUCGUCAGGAGCAUGUCUUAUCGCUUCUUCUGGUUACCAGCAGUUCUGUACCGGCAAGCUGAACUCAGUGUGCAUCACCUGCUGUAACACACCGCUGUGUAAUGGACCACGCCAGAAGAAACGACCCCAAUCAUCCGCUGCCAGUACCCUGGGAACGCCACAGCACCCUGUGUUUUCUCUCUACAUCCUCCUCCUACUGUCCUCCACCCUGUGCUGACAAACUUUCACACACUGAGUUAAGAUGUGUAUUGAAAAUGUUCUACUACUGACAGUGGAGACAACAUGAACUGGAACUGUAUUAAGCGAGACAGCGAAGAAUACAUGCUUUGAAGUGUAUAUUCUUUAAGGCGUGUAGAAACUUUGUACAGUAUUUGUUCUCUUAACUCCUUGGCUUUCUGUCGCAGCUUGCCUCCAAAGUUCACAAGGUCAAAAAAAAAAAAAAAAAAGCAACCCGCAGGGAAAUUUUAUCAUCACGUGUGUCAUGUCACAAACAUGAUUAUGGUGCAGCUACAAGCUGGGUAGGGCGAGGUGGAGGACAAUGCCAUGGAUGAAACAGCUUCUGGCUAUUUUGUUGGGCAGCAGGUGGCUCAUUCUCAUCUGUCUUUAUUUAUUAGGUCAAACAAGACAUAGUGCAGGAACGAUAGGAAGUUCAGAUUCAUCAUUAAUUUUCCAAGCCUUAGGAAGAGCUCUCUAGAAUAAAUAAUCAAUACCCUUACCUGGAGCAAUCACCAAUUUUGCUGUAUUUCUGAACUGAAAAAGACAAUAUAUUUUAUGUAUGACAAUGAUACUGUUUAAUGAUUCUGGAAAGAAAAAAAAGUGCAUUCAGGAAAAUGGUAUCAGAUACCAGUGAUUAUAUUAAAGCCACUUACAUAACUCACGACCAAUAACACACAGUGGUAGCCAUAAAAAAGUUUUUAUCCUGGAACUUUGCUCCACUAGUUCUGUAACAACCAUUGCUGCUCACUAAUAUUGUACAUAGAGUUACAAGAGCGUGUUGAAAUAUGAAAACCUUUUUCAAACUACUUUCCACAUUUUCAUUGCAUCUCUAAUGACUGAAAUUAGAACAGUUUGCAUUGAGGUGGAGCAGCAGUAGUGCAAUAAGUGUGUGGUGCGAUGAGGGGCAUCUAGAGUGGCUACAUGUCAGUGACAGUCCAGCAUGAUGGACUUGAUGAUGGACCACUGGUCACUUUAAAAAGAAAAUAUGCUAGUUGCCUAUGAUCAGGAAAUAUGUUGUAAAGUAAGACAUCAGUAUGCAUACCCUGAUGGAGAUGAUUUCAGAGCCAAAUACUGUAUAUCAUGACAUGAGGUAAUGUGAUGUGCUAAACUUGCAAGAAAUUGGUGUUGCCCAUCAAAAUGUAAUAUUCGGUUGCUUAUGCAGUGGUUGAGUUGGUUGAGUGGUUGGUUUGGAGGUUACCUGAACCUUAAAGGUGCCCUGUGGAGUUUUCUUGUAAACAAACAGUGUUUCUCACAAAAAGGCAUUGUGUGUUUUUUUGAGGUCUAACAAUAUGAAUGUUAGACUUAUUUUGAAUAUUUCGAGACCUGCAUUGCUUAUAUCCACGUUUACACCAGCUAGUAGUUCUCCCCAUCUCUGCUGAUGCAUUGCUAAGUUUCUUGUGGCUUUAGUACCACCAGCUGAGUGAGUGGAAUAGCAUGAAGCUGAGGGACAUCAUAUACUGUAGGUUGUAUGUCAUGGAUAUAUUACGAGAACUGAAUACCAAAUUGCUUGUUUCCCAUUUCCUACUGAGAAACGUUGGUUUCUUUUAUUCAUGACCACGAUCAUUUCCUAUACGUAACCAACUGUUUAUUACUGUAACCAUGACGAAGUAGUCAUUUUAACCCAAUCUUUCCCUAACCCUAACCUUUUGGUGUCCAAAUCUAACCAAACCUUAACCAUAACGUUGUUACAUCAUACAUCUUCAUUUUUAGAACAGUUAUUUGUAACAGUUUUAGAAGGAACAGACAAAAGAUGUAAUCCUGUCAAUAGGGGCGUCAGAUCAGAAAAUGCUUCUAUGCGUCAUUCUAGAGAGUGUGGACAACAACAUGUUUUGUCGUCUAAUUUGGAGAACUUGUCAUAUUGUCACUCUUGUAUGUCGAAUACAUGAACUCUGAACAACAACAUUCAGGAGAUUAAUACUAGUUUAUUUUUUAUGUCAGUCAACAUAUCAACCUCAUGUACAUGGAGACAUUUAUAUCAUCAGGACAUCUGAUUAGCUAUUCACUCAAGGCAUAGAAUAUCACGGUUCCAAUGCAAGUUGCUCACUGGGUGCAUACACUGAAAAAGUGUUAAAGCCUUACUCAGGCUUGAAAAUUUUAUUCAUCAUUUUACAGCCAUUUCUAUUGUAAUGAAUGUGUAUGGGGAAAAGUCUUCUGGGGCAAGUGCAUGUCAAGUGACCUGCUAUCCAAACUGUGGCCACUAAGCCAAAAUUGCCUUACAGCUGAGUGCUGUUCCUGGGGGUUUGUUGUAUGUACUACACAUUUGCAAUUCCGCCCUCUGCAGGAGGGAAAGUAUAAUGUGUUACCCGUGUGCUUAUGAUAUGUACAGUUUGUAUGUAUGUCAGUGGUGGCUAGUGAUUGAUAAAAAAAAUUGGGGAGGGCAGGAGGAAAACUAGCCCACAGCAUAAUGUUAUUCUACACUAGUUGGCUACUUAUCUCUACUCUCUUUUGUUCAACGAAAAACUAAGCAGUAAAAACAAUGGCUUACAAGAUUUCUUACUAAGGAUGUGAGAUGUAACAAGAAGCAGGCCAGUGAUCAACACCUGUGAAGAAAAGUGUGGUGACUGAUGAUGACCACUUGCUGGCUGAAUCCAAGCUGGCCUGAUUUCCAAUUAGACAAAUAAAGCUUACUUCCAAUUCAA